UUUCUUUUUUUUGGAGGCGCACUGUGUUCCGGCCAGCAGAGAGGGGGCAAGGGUCGCCUCCGGCUGGCCGCGUUUAUCAGCGCGGGCAGGUGCAGCCGGGCUCCGCAGGCGGCCUCGAUGAUAGCGCGGGCGGGGCGGCCCCGGAGCCCCCGCGCGAGUCUCCCCGCCGCCGAGUGCCGCCCGGAACCCGGCAGCCGAGCCCCGCGGCCAGAGGUGGCGCCGCGCCAGCCCAGCCAGACAGCGCCCCGGCUCUCUCGCCAGAAGCCCCGCGCGCCCCCCUCAGCCGGCUCCGCGUCGUCCGAAGAUGUCGGCCCAGCCCCACGCCGGCUUCGCGAGCGAGGCUGCUCGGCAGAUCGUGGCCGGCGGCUCCGCGGGCCUUGUAGAGAUUUCCCUGAUGCACCCUCUGGAUGUGGUGAAAACCAGGUUCCAGAUUCAAAGAUGUGCAACUGAUCCAAACAGUUAUAAGAGCUUAGGAGACAGCUUUCGAAUGAUUUUCCGAACAGAAGGGUUGUUUGGUUUUUACAAGGGAAUCCUACCUCCCAUCUUGGCCGAAACACCAAAAAGAGCAGUGAAGUUUUUCACCUUUGAGCAGUAUAAGAAAUUGCUGGGAUAUGUGUCACUGUCGCCAGCAGUGACAUUCGCCCUUGCUGGAUUGGGAUCUGGACUAACAGAAGCCAUUGUGGUUAACCCUUUUGAGGUAGUAAAAGUUGGCCUGCAAGCCAACCGAAACACAUUUACAGAGCAACCUUCUACUUUGAGUUAUGCAAGACAUAUCAUCAAGAAUCAAGGCUUUGGGCUCCAGGGCCUUAACAAAGGAUUAUCAGCAACUUUGGGACGUCAUGGGGUCUUCAACAUGGUUUACUUUGGAUUCUACUACAAUGUCAAAAACAUGAUUCCUGUCAAUAAGGAUCCAACCUUGGAGUUUCUGAGAAGAUUUGGGAUUGGUCUUCUCUCAGGCACAUUCGCCUCAGUCAUCAAUAUCCCUUUUGAUGUUGCCAAAAGCAGAAUUCAGGGGCCUCAGCCGGUUCCCGGAGAGAUCAAGUACAGAACUUGCUUCAAAACUAUGGCAACGAUCUAUCAGGAAGAAGGGAUUUUAGCUUUGUACAAAGGCCUGCUCCCCAAGAUCAUGAGACUUGGACCAGGUGGUGCAGUGAUGCUGCUGGUUUAUGAAUAUUCCUAUUCAUGGCUUCAGGAGAACUGGUGAAAAUAUAUGAAGUGAUUCACCUGCUUGAGACAGUGAAUACUGCUAUACACACCACAAAAUGGAGAGACCCAACCAAAGGGAUAGCAUUGUAGCCCAUAGUUCUACAGCCAAUGGGAUGUAAGCAUUGUACCAUAGUUCUACAGCCAAUGGGAAGGGAAGAGCUACUUGCUGAAGAAUCAAACCUGCUUUGAUACUUCAGAGAUUAUCUCUAGACAAUUUCGGUAGUUUUGACAUGCCUUUAAAAUCAUGAAGAAAUAAAAUGGAGAUUCAAAUAGCUAAACUAUAUAUGGAAAAUAGUAUAGAAAUCAGAUAACAUUUUAUUAGUCAAUAUAGAUUUUGUAGCCUCUGUGUUUCUUACUGCUUCACCAUAAAAAUUCACUUGACUUUUUUUUCCUGAGUGGUCAAAAUAUUUAAAGUAAAAAUUUUAAAGUUAAUUAUUUUAUGAUUAGUUCUUUAAGAAUUAUUAAAAAAAAAUGCUAGGUUAAAAUUGUUAAGCCCUUAACAGUCUUAAUAGGGAUUUAAAUACAGCAAUUAAUAAUAUUUAAAAGACAUGAGAAAAAAAUCAAAGGUGAAAAUGUUGGAUUUUUACAAGUACUAAGAUAAGAUUUGACAUUGGUUGAUCUUCUUCAAUGAUAAUAUACAACUCAGCAGUAUUUUUCCAGAUCUUCUUUAUGUUUUAUACUAACUAAAGCAGGUCAUAUUUUUAAAUCACAUUUUAAUGCCUUUUGUGACAAACGCAAAACAUGAAUUUAUAUUUACAUCACUGCCUUCUUCACAGUUUCUUUGAAAGCAAGCUUUGUUGCUGAAAUUUCUUUAUGCUUACUCACAGACUCAGACCCCUCUGUGAGCACAUUUGUACUACCUGCUUUUGUACCUGCUUUUCCCUACGCCAGUCCUAAGAAUGUUUAGAGUAAAACGCUUCCAAGUUACUAGUGUUAUGUGACAGCUCCAGGUGUGAUGUCUACUAGCUGAAAAUGUUUCAAGAUCCAAGUACAUUCUUAGCAUUUCCAAAGGUUCCUGUACUAACACGUACUCCAAAAAGCUGUCUCCUUACUUUGACAUAACCAAACUCAACUGUUAUAGCUGCAUCCUGAAAUAACGCUAUUUUAGAAGCAAAAGUCACCCAAAACACCUGCACAUUCUGGAUGACACCUGUUUGUUCCUACUUUGGUAUAUUUCUGCCAUGAGGGUGUGUCACUAAAGCAUUUUGAAAAUAAAAAAAAAUACUAAAUAAAAGAUAACAUGGUAAUUAUUAUUUUUUAU